GGGGUGCAACAAAUACAAAAGCUUCCUUAACCCCACAAGUAAAAAAUACUCCUUAGUUGACAAAGACGGGGGGUUUCUUCAAUCUCUAAUUAUGAGAAAGCAAACACAAUUCUGAAAGCUUCAACAAAGGUCUGUUUUGGUGCACAAACAAGGAAAGAUGAGAAAGUGAAGAGUAAAAGCCACAAAUUAAAGAGAAAAAAGGAGGUUAUUGAUUUGAUUUCCUGUUUUAUUUGAAAGGUGCUCUCUGCAGGUUUAAAUCAAUUGGCGGAGUGAAUUUCCAGUAACAGAUGAUGGCUGGAAACCCUAAUUGGUGGAGUGUGAAUGGCAUGCAUCCACAGUCUCGCCAUCUCUCUUCUUCUUCUCCAUUUCUGUAUGUUUCUUCUUCUUCUUCUUCGGCUUCUUUGGAUUCUUCGACUGCAAAUCCCUCCCAAGAGUUUCCUGUACGGUCAUGGAGCCAACUGCUUCUGAGCGGAUUGGCUGGUACUGAAGAAGACGAAAAGUUUGGUAAUAGUCUUUUUCAGCAACAGAAGAAAAUGGAGAAUUGGGAAGUCCAAGUUCUGAACCCAUCUUUUAGUAUUCCUGUUGUUGAUGUAAAGCAAGAAACUGCACAAACAAACCAACUUUAUGGUAAUGUAGAAGAUGAAUUUCAAGCUUCGAGAUCUUCUUGUUGGCCUCAAGUCAUUCCAGAAUCAUCCCCUACUUCUUCUAUUACAAGUGUAAGCAACAAUAUCUUGAAUUUCUCCGGCGCCAAGAUGGACUACGACCGCAAGAAUCAACAUCUAGAUCAUUCAUCGGAGUGCAACAGCACGAGCAUUGGUGGGGUAUCUAAGAAGCCUAAGGUUCAACAGUCAUCCAGUCAACCGGCUUUGAAGGUGAGAAAGGAGAAAUUAGGGGAUAGAAUAACAGCUCUUCACCAAAUCGUUUCUCCAUUUGGAAAGACUGACACUGCUUCAGUCUUGACAGAAGCCAUUGGUUACAUCAGAUUCCUUCAGGGUCAAAUUGAGGCACUGAGUUCUCCUUACAUGCGCAAUGCAUCGAGGAGCAUGGGUCACCAACAAUCUGUUCAAGAAAGGGAUUGUUUAUCUCCAGAAGAGUCUGGUCAGUUCUUGAAUGAUGUUAGCAUGGAAGGGAGUGGAGCUUAUGAGGAGGUGCUCACUUAUUUUUCUUAUUUAAUUAAAUGCAAUGGUUUCAUAAUCCAAUCUGUUUUAUGACCAUAAUUACAAUUAUGAUUUCAAUUUCAAUUUGUUUUUAUGAUACUCCAAUUGAGGCCCGUUUAACGACAUUCUGCUCUUAUUUCUGCAUCUUAUAUAAAAAUAAUUUGAGGAAGCUCAUGCUGAAAAA